CAACCAUUUCAUAUUAUUCAUUCCAAACAAACAAGAAUUUGUAGUUGUAGACGCCUCUCCUUUUCUCUCAAUCAAGAGAACAAAACUCAACUUACAAAUCAAAUCUUAAUCCACACCUGGGUGUAGUAUUUGAAUUAUAAAACACUCGUAUUGGAUUUUAUAACAAAAUUUCCCGCUCUCGCCAGAAGAAGAAGCGGAGGUGGUUAUACUAUACGUAUGCCUGCAAUGCUUAUUGUGUCCAAAGACUAUAUCAUCUUCGAUCACAUCAGAUUUCCAUUUAUUUUCUCCGAGCUAGUUUUGCUCUUAUCGAAUCACAGGAUCAUUAUUCAGUCUAAUUGAACGAGUAGGAGACGAAGGAGCUAAACUGCUGCUUCUUUCUUGUCUUAAGACGAUUUUGUCUCUGAUCAGGAUCAUUUUCCUGUUUGCUCGACAAAAUGUUAGUUUACUUUCUAUCUACUCUCCUUUGAUCUAGAUCAACAGUGAAUGCGGUGAUCUGAUCUGUUCUUGGGCUUGCAUGAUUGCCUCUAGAGUUAUUAAUUUUUAUUUUAGCACAUCACAGGAUCAAUAUCUCAUUAUUCCGUCGUUCGGUGUUAACAGGGGACUUGGUUUCUAAGUUCAGCAUUGAAGUUUUGGAUUAUUGGAAAAUUGUUACAUUAGCACAUGUUUGGUUUUGUUAUUCUAACCAAAUGACGUUUCACUGUGUUUUAGCUAUCCAUUAUUUUGUGUCAUCUUGAAUAUCAGCAUAAGCUUUUGUGGAAUUGUGUAAAUUGGAGGCAGAUCAUUCUUCUAUUUGGGACAAACUCGAUGUUGCAAUGGAUGGGAGGAUCGAGGAGGAAAGUGACAACUUCGAGGAGGUCUACACAGAAGAGGCAAAGACAAUACUUUGAACAAAGAAGAAGGCAACAGCAAUUCCAGCAGCAGCAGACAGCUGGCUUGGAAAGCUAUGAUGAAGGCAUAAACAUAUAUGGACAACAUCAAAGAGAGCCCCGAUCACUGGAUGUUCUUAGUCUGCUAAACUUGUCGACAACUGCUCAAGAAUACGGGUCUUGUGUUGCUAAUGAAGGAAAGGAAGAGCAAGAGGUCAAUGCUUCAGCAGUCAAGCAACAUACUACAAAGGAUCCAUAUAGGGUUCUGGCUAAAACAGGCAGUCCUUCAGAUUCUGAGCAACUUUAUGAAGCAAGAGUGCCAUCAGACAACCAAAUAAAGAAUGUACCUCCACAAAGGGUUUUACUCAAUGCUUCAGUGAAUAUCACUGAUGUUUCAUAUGAACACACAAGAAAAUCAGAUACUGGGAAGGCAGCAAUGGAUCAGAAGUUAUCCGUUUUGGAUUUGCUUGGUGAUGAUAUACCCAAUGAUGAUUCUGAAGGACAUCCAGAACAUGAAGAUCAUGUUGCAUUUUCAGUUGAAGGAUUGGGUAAAGUGGGAGCAGAAACACCAGUCCAUUCUCCUAAACAAUUAGGGAGAACCUUUGGCAUUGGUUUCUUGUCACCUCCUAAGGCUGCAAGGAGAAAGCCAUCAAAGAACAUUAAUUAUUUGCUGGAUGACUUUGAAGUUGAAGUGAUGCAGGAUUCAAUGAUGCGAGAUAUAGAUAUACCUCUAAGUGGUGGUUCCUUGGAGAUUCCAAUUGACAUCAUGGAGUAUUAUAGCAAUCCAAAAAAGAAAUUUUCAUCUUUCAGAGACUACGGACAAGUUGAUGACUGUCAUAGAGUUAUGAAGUGCUCUUUUGAUGACGAAGAUCUUUUCCAUGACAAGGAGAAUGGUGUAGAAGAUAUGUGGGGUGCUUCAUCAAGCAUUCGUGAAGAGAACAUACUCUACGGGAAGAAAACCAAUGCCCCUUGGGAGAACUGGCAAUGUCAAAUGUAUAGUGAUCCUGCUGAUUUAAUAGACUACGGAAAAUAUGAGUUGUCUGAUUAUCCUCUUGAAGGUCACCAUCAACUGAGAAAGAGGGAAACAAAGAAAGCAACAGAGAUAUUUAAUGACUUAGAUUCACAUGCUUUCAGGCAUCGAAUGUUGGAAAUGGAUCAUGGUUUUGACACUUUUAAUAGAGCAAGGAGUAGUAUCAUGCGACCAAAUUUUAAUUUUGGAAACGUAUCUAGCCAUACAACUGACGAUUUAGAAGAUGAUCUGAGCUUGCCUAGUGAAGAAUCAUGCUCAUCAGCUGCAGUGAGGGAUGAGGAAAUGAACAAUUUACCCUCAGACUCAACUGCAAGACACAGCAGAACAUGCAACAACAUUUUUGGCAGGCCUGAAAGAAAGUAUGCUGUGAAAAACAAAUUCUUUAAAGAACUGCAGUGCAAAAUCAGGGAUGACAUUCCACAGAAAAACAGGAGGUCAGGAAGAUGUACUCAGACUCCAAUUCCGUCAGACAAUAAACCAGUCCAUCACUCGAAGUAUCCUUGCCGGGAAAACAUUGGACCAUCAGAGAAGUUGUCAUUCAGGGAAGGGCAUUCUCCAUUUGAUAUGGAUUCAGGUUUUAGUUCUUUAUCUCCAAUUCCUGAGACUAAAUUUCCAUCCUCAUACUCCAAGCAUUGGGCUGCAGAUGCACUUCCGAAGAUAGACUUCGAUGCCAACUAUACUUGUCAUAGAUCCAAGUGUGAUAGCUCUGCUAAUUGUUCACCUUCGUGUAGUUUAAACUCAGAGACAUUCUCAUUCUGUCAGCCAUUUAGUCAUAUACAUACCUCUUCUCCAACAUGCUCAGAGGCUGUUUUUGGGGGGCCAAGAAAAGCAGAUUCUGAACUGGAAGGCAACCCUGCUUCAGAUUCAUCCCAUGAAAAUGCUGGUUCUCAUGGAGCAACAUCGGGUCUAGAGUUAUCAACAGAGGGGCAUGUGAGAAAGAAUGAAGAUGAUGAGUUUAAACGGCAGCCAGCAAAGAAUGACAAAGAACCUGGACAGCAAGGUGAAUAUGGGAUGAACACAACUGCAGUGGAUGCUUUGAGUUCCAGGGGAAACCUUCCUGAACCCAAAGAUGUAGAAGUCGUAACAUUAGAACCAAAAGAGAGUCGGAAAACCUCUGAGCAUUCAGAGGAGACAUCAUGCUCACUGAGGUUCCACGAAAGGAGUCCUGUCGGAAAAGGGUAUGUUAGAUUAUCCUAGAGUUAUGAUGCUCCAUGAUAGACGUUACACUAUUUUUUCUUGGUAUUGGAAAUUCAGCAAUGAUAGUAGUAAAAAGGUUUGCGUUACUGUCGGUGAUAGUCCUCGUGAAGUUGUUCCUCUUCCUUCUGAAAAUGA